AAUAUCCUGGCCGCGCGGGCGCGCUAGGAGCUGAGGCGGCGCCGGGGCGGGCGCGGAGCGGGCGGAGAGGCUGAGAGGUGGAGGCGGCGCAGACCGGGCCGGCUGAGGAGCGCGGGGGUCGGCGGCGCCCGAGAGCCUAUCGUUUGCGCCCUGCCUCCGUUUCACUGCGUCCGGGCUGGAGGCCCGACGGCGGGAGGCAACAUGUCGGUGGCCGGGCUGAAGAAGCAGUUCUACAAGGCGAGCCAGCUGGUCAGCGAGAAGGUUGGAGGGGCUGAAGGGACCAAGCUUGACGAUGACUUCAAAGAGAUGGAGAAGAAGGUGGAUGUUACCAGCAAGGCUGUUACAGAAGUGCUGGCCAGAACCAUCGAGUACCUGCAGCCUAACCCAGCCUCGCGGGCCAAGCUGACAAUGCUCAACACAGUGUCCAAGAUCCGAGGGCAGGUGAAGAAUCCUGGCUACCCGCAGUCAGAGGGCCUCCUGGGCGAGUGCAUGAUCCGCCAUGGGAAGGAGCUAGGCGGCGAGUCCAACUUUGGUGACGCCCUGCUGGAUGCAGGGGAAUCCAUGAAGCGCCUGGCAGAGGUAAAGGACUCCCUGGAUAUUGAGGUCAAGCAGAACUUCAUUGACCCCCUCCAGAAUCUGUGUGACAAAGACCUGAAGGAGAUCCAGCACCACCUGAAGAAGCUGGAGGGCCGCCGGCUGGACUUCGACUACAAGAAGAAGCGUCAGGGCAAGAUCCCUGACGAAGAGCUGCGCCAGGCCAUGGAGAAGUUCGAGGAGUCCAAGGAGGUGGCUGAAACAAGCAUGCACAACCUCCUGGAGACCGACAUCGAGCAGGUGAGCCAGCUCUCGGCCCUGGUGGAUGCCCAGCUGGACUACCACCGGCAGGCCGUGCAGAUCCUGGAUGAGCUGGCUGACAAGCUCAAGCGGAGGAUGCGGGAAGCUUCCUCUCGCCCCAAGCGGGAAUACAAGCCGAAGCCCCAGGAACCCUUUGACCUCGGAGAGCCGGAGCAGUCCAAUGGGGGCUUCCCCUGCACCACAGCCCCCAAGAUCACAGCGUCGUCAUCUUUCCGAUCUUCAGACAAGCCCAUCCGGACCCCCAGCCGCAGUAUGCCUCCCCUGGACCAGCCGAGCUGCAAGGCCCUAUACGACUUCGAGCCUGAGAAUGACGGGGAGCUGGGCUUCCGCGAAGGCGACAUCAUCACGCUGACCAACCAGAUCGAUGAGAACUGGUACGAGGGCAUGCUCCACGGCCAGUCCGGCUUCUUCCCCCUCAGCUACGUGGAGGUGCUGGUGCCCCUGCCCCAGUGACAGCAGCGGCCCGGCUUCUCCGUCCACAGUCCACUCCCCUGCAUUCCACUUAGCUCUGCCGGCGGGCACGGGCCCUGACGUGACAGCAGUGCUGUGCCAGGGUGGCUGUGGGAGGCUGUCCUGGUUUCUGGGGAGGUGAGGGCCUUGUUUACACACACGCUCACCACGGUGGUGGGCGCUCCCUCCCCCACGCCACAGCACUGGGCAGUGUUCCUCCUUCCUUGUGCCCGGACUCCACCUGCCCGGGCGCAGCCAGCCCAGGGGGCUAACACUAAGGUGCUCUUACAAACACUAACCCUGCUCCCGCGGGACUGCCGGCUCCAGGUCCCCCCAUAGCGCUCUCUCUCACACACACACUCUUUCUCUCUCUCUCACACUCUUACACACACACAUAUAUCAUUAAAGGGAGGAGCUUGCUUGUCUGUACAAGGGGGUGGUCUGGGGGACCCUAACACGUCAGGGCUCCCUACCCUGCUCUUAAAUCCUCACAUUUCCUUUCCAGCCUGUUGCUGGCGAUGGGCCCCACCCUGACUCCAGGGCUCCCCAGGCCCCUGCACACCCACAGCCACCACCUCACUGAGAGCCAUUACCCUCCCUCAGACCUGGGGCUUGCGGGGAGAGGAGUCUGGGGUCCUCAGCCAGGUCCCCUCAGCAGCACUUGGGCCACACACACCCAUGCCCACCUCUCCCCUCUUACCCUUCCUUCCUGUGGGGUGCCCCACCUCAGCCAAGCACAGGGAGGGUUUCUCUGGCACAAGCUGCCACCACCAGCUACACGCACCACAUGGACACACACACAGACACACACGGGACCACUGGAGCACCCCAGCCUCCGCUCUUUGAAGGUCAAGCACAAAGGCUUCCAUGCGUUAAUGUUCAUGGACCCCUGGCUUGUGGGGCUUCCCCUGCCCCGAGCCAGCCACCAUCACCACAGAACAAGAAAGCAACAGCCCGGAGCAGCAGGGCCCCAGCCCCAAGUUGCUUCUCUUGCCUGACCCAAAAAUUGCUUAAAUGAGAGGACCUUGAGCCUGGUUCACAUUCCCCCUUCCAGUGACCCCACAAAGCCCCCAGGACACCAGGCUGCACUCACCCCUGAGUCUCCCCUCUACACCAUUAUUUAGGGGAGGCACAGACAUCCCGGCUGAGACCAGCAGCCUUGGUCAUAGUCUAGACCGGGGGGAAAUUUUUUUUUUUUUAAAGUAUUAAAUGUCUCUUUCUAUAGCCUCUCGCCUGGUUGCACGGGGAGGACAUUCCCCCAGCCUACCCAGAUUCCAGGGGUCCCUGGUUGGGACAGAGCCCAUGUGGCCUCGCACCCUCCGCU